AUGGAAGGGGCCGCCGCUGCCGUGACUGCAGCCACCGGGGCCCUGGGUCCGGUCCUAGCGAAGCUCAGAGCUCUGCUUGUCGACGGGAACAGCAUCCUGGAUGGGAGACGAGAGACGAGCGAGAUCUUGUCCAUCAAAUCCGAGCUCGAGGCGGUGUACCCGCUCCUCAUGAGGCUGCCGGAGGCAGAGGAUCCCGGUGCGGCGAGCAAGGACUGGAUGGGCGAGGCGCGGGAGCUGUUCUACGACAUCGAAGACGCAGUCGAGGACUACCUGCUGGAUCUCAAGCGCGGCGACGAAAACCGCGGCAUCACUCAGCCGCAGGCAACAGCGAAAAAUCCCAUCGCCCCAGAUCUCAAAUUUCUAAAUCUGUUCCGGGACAUCAAGAUGAAGCUCAAGGAAGUGAAGAGGCGGUGCAGCGAGAGGCUGGAGACACCUGAAGCCAACAAGAUGCCGACAGUCGUCGACCCUCGAGCUCGCUUCCUCCACAAGGAUGCGUCAGAGCUCGUGGGGAUGAACAGACAGAAAGCUAAAGUCAUGGAGUUGCUGGCAGGAGAUGACGACAUGGAGGGUUCAGUUUCGCAGAAGCUCCGGAUGGUAUGGAUUGUUGGGUUUGCAGGGAUGGGCAAGACCACUCUGGCCGACCUGGUGUACCAAGCGAUAGGAGAGCAAUUCCAGUGCCGGGCCUUUGCAUCGUUCUCUCCAAGUUCCAGUUCCAGCACCAUGGAUUUUCUGAAUGAUAUCCUCAGACAAGUAACUGAUACUACUAGUACUGUACCAUCUCAUGGCACUGAAGUAGCGACUGAACAAUAUCUCAUCGAACAGAUAUCAAGUGUCCUUGCUAAAAAGAGGUACCUGGUCAUAGUAGAUGAUAUCUGGAAAUUGAGAGAAUGGAAAGUUAUUGGAAGCGCUUUUCCAGAGAAUUAUGUGGGCAGUAAAAUAAUAUUGACGACUAGAAUGAAAGCUGUAGCUGAGAAAUGUUGCACUGAUGCAUUUAUCUAUGAACUUCCGGGCGUACAUUAUCACGAUGCUAUCAAGCUGACAGAGACGGCCAUACUAAAAGAGAGAGAGUAUGAUACGAGGGACAUAGUCGCAAUUAGCCUGGAUGAGCUAUGCCGUAACAUCGAAUACAUGAGUCGUGGUAUGCCACUUGCACUACAUUGUUUGUCGGCAGAAGCAGCAGACAGCGUACGGCAAGAAAACUAUGACGGUUGGAACACUUGGAUAAAACACGUACAGGAUGGGUUUCUGAGUAUUCGAUCCUUGAAACCACUGGCUGACAGUUUGGGUCUUGUUUAUGACAGCCUUCCUAUUCAUCUGAAGACUUGCUUGUUAUACUGUACUACAUACCCUGAUUUUCAUUCAGAAAAGGUAUUGACUGAGGCUCAAGGUAUUGAGAGGCAAGAUCUGGUCAGGAAAUGGAUGGCAGAAGGAUUUGUACCUCGACUAGAAGCAGCAGAAACAUACUUUGACGAGCUUGUCUCAAGAAAUCUGUUGUUGGUCCAUCACACUCGGCAAAGGUUUUAUCAAAUACAACCCCUGAUGCUACCUUUCCUUGUCUGCAAAUCAAAAGAAGCUAAUUUUGUCACCCGUUGGCUUGAUGACCAUGGUAGUGCCAAACGGAUCCGUAGACUGGUUAUCCAUCAAUCUGAUUCAGUAUACGAUUCAGAGACAUUAACUUAUUCUUCUAUGCGAAGACAGCACGGAUCUUUUUCUCAUGUUCGUUCUCUAAUUGUCUGUUUUCGCCGAAGCCAACACGGUCCUUUCAUCUUUGAUGAGGGAUGGCAUUUCGUUCCCAGCUUCAAAAACCAGUUUCCUUGCUUUGAUAAUUGGAUCUUCAAGAUGUUGGGACACCUGCGAGUUCUUGAUCUUGAGCAAAUAAUAAACAUAGGGGAUGAUGAUCUCGUGCGCAUAUGCAAGCUGCUUUUACUCAGGUACCUGGGUCUUAAGUAUUGCAGUGGAAUCACUGUGCUUCCACGGGAGAUUGGGAGGCUGCAGAAUCUAGAGACCCUGGACAUAAGUAGCACAGGAGUGACUGAUCUACCCAUGGAAAUAGGGGAACUGUGGCAUUUGGAGACCCUGAAUGUAAGUAACACCAGGAUCAGAGAGAUACCCCGGGAGAUUGGAAAAGUGCAACAUUUGAAGACUUUGAAUUUAAGUAACACCAGGGUAGUAGAGCUGCCAUGGGAAAGAAGUCUACUAUCGAACUCGGUAAGUGUACUUGUUGGUUACAAGAAUGGUCCUCAAUUGGUAAAGUUUCCUAACGGACUUCAUCCUAUCUGGUUAGCUUGGAAGAAUGGUACCAUUGCUUCAUCCGCACGAGUAAUGCGCCGACAAGACCUAUCCAUCAUGCUAUUUGAUCAUUUCGGUUCGAGCUCGGGACCCCUACCUGUCCCAGGGCUUAAGAUGAGCAGCAGACACACCAAUAUCCCACAGUGGGUCAAAGAACACUUGACAGAUGUUUCCUCCUUGGAUAUCAGGAUAUGCAGACUGGAGGAGGAGGACCUCAAGUUCCUGCAGCAGAUGCCCAACCUCCAGGUCCUUGCACUAAGGCUUGAAAUCCUCCCAAGGGAGCCGAUAUCCUUCACCGCCGGAGGGUUCUCAAAGCUGGAGAGUUUCUUGGUUGAUUGCCGUCUGCCUCUGGUGACCUUCAAGCAAGGUGCUAUGCCAUGCCUGAGACACCUUGAGUUCAAGUUCUACACUGGCCGAGCAAGUGUCCACCCCAUAGGCAUCACAAACCUGCGGAGCAUCCAAAAGGUUGUGUUCUGGUGCUCCAAGUACUAUACAAGUGACUGUUCGGGCAUCGCUGCGAUGCUUAAGAUUGUGAAGGAAGAAGCCAUGGAGCACCCUAAACGGAUCAGCCUUAGAAUCAAUGACAGUGAAGAGGUUUUCCCAGAGAAGGGUGCUGAAGUUUCUGAAGAAAACAGUAUAAAUGCUGCUACUGGCAGUAGUGCAGAAUGUGGGAUCAAUACAACGCUUGCUGCAAGUGCUAUUGACCACAAGGGAAAGGCUAUUCAGGUGAGCGAUUAUGCUUAUGCAAGCAGCAGCCGGACAACCAAGAUCCAAGAGAUCGAAGAAGCGCAAGAGUAA